GGGCGUGAGGAGAGUUCCAGUCUUCCAGUGCGAUUUGCACAAUCUUGGCGCCACACCGCUGCCCAGAGCGCCGCACCAUUGGAAGGCGCCCGGUACAUGUCCUGCGCCAUCCGCGCACAAGUCGUACACACGCUGCGCCGAGCCAAAACGCUGCGUGCGCCGCGCUACAGGGGGCAGCGCCAGUUCUGGAGCGACAUGCCGGCGGGAGCAUCGAGCAUAUUAUGGUUCGAGGAGCUCUUCGGCUUCCGGGAGGGCAGCUCCUACCGCGAGAAUCGGGCAAAGUUUCGCAUGGAGGGCGAGGUCCUGUGCGUCGACGGCGCGCCGAAGUUUAAACGACAUUUCGUGGGCCGCUGGUCCACGCCCUCGUUAGCGGAGCUGCGCACGGAGCUCGGCGAUGGCGAAACUGGGGGCUUGCGCUUUAAGCAUCUGCCCACGCCGACCGGCGUCGAGCCAUUGAUCCUCGACGAGCGGAACGCCGGCGCCGUCUUCCAGGCCGCCUCGCAAUUCAAUGCGCUGGAGAUGGUCGGCCCGGGCGUCAGUCCACGGGAGGGCAUCGCCUUCUACUGCAACGAUCCGACGCAAGGCCCCAAGUGCGCCCUGGCGUGCCCGGGGGGCACGGUCUUCCGGAACCACCUCGUCAAUGAAACGGGGCAGGGCGACACGCAGAUCGAUUUGCUGGCGGACGUCGGCCGCGUGCUGGGGAAUACGGACGAGUGCUACUGGACGAUGCAGAACGGCUACGCGAUGCCGUCGUCGUCGUCUUCCAUCAAGGACCUCGCGCUCACACUAAAUGCGUCGCCGCAACUUAUUGAAGAGGCGGAGGCCGCGCUGCGGGUCGGCGUCCACUGGAACACGCAGGCGCGGCCGCCGCACACGCACCGCGUCUGCCAGGUCUACGCGUCGGCGCUGCCCGUGGCCUACGGGCGCGCGGCGCGGUCGGCCGAGUGGGAGCCCUUCGCGCGACUGGUGUUGCGAGCGGCGUACGAAGCGACGCUUGCUGUUGGUGCGUUGAAGGCCCGCGACGCGGGGCGCCGCCAGGCCGUCUAUCUAACAAGUCUCGGCGGCGGCGCCUUCGGGAACCGGGACGCCUGGAUUACGGAGGCGGUUCGGGAAGCCCUCGAUAAAUUCAAAGAUGCGCCGCUCGACGUGUACAAGGUGCACUACGGGACGCGUGUACAAGGCGCGUGGAGGGACGUCGGGAGCGAGUAUCCCGAGCCGACCACCGAGAAAUGCUGCGGAAGCGAGCAACUGUGCCGGUCAAGUUAGAAUCUUUCAUUCCAGGACUUUUCGCUCUGUCUUCUUCCUAAUUUCUAUCGUAUCACCUAGGUCAAUGGCCGCCGGCCCCGGGCUAGUAGGCGGGCCACUAGGCUUCAGCCGGUUUGCCGAGCGCACAUCGCACUUUGGGCGUCCCAAACUCGGCACAAACACGCGACCCGUCGACGGGACGGCGGUGAACGACACCAUACGUCGCGCUGCCGCCGCGUGCACCGCCGAAAACGCUGCCCGAGGCAGCACCACAUAACCACAGCAUCUGUCGACGCGCCGCGCGCCCGCGGGGCAGCCGUUCGGGACCGGACGCCGCCGCCGCGACACUGCAAGG